AUUGGACAGCAAGAUCUAUGGGGAUAAAUUCACAUAUCAACAUGAUGUACAAUCUUACAUGGAUUUUGCCAGUCGAUGCAGGGUUUUACUACCUUUUGAGGUUCCAUUUCUGUGAGAUAGGGUAUGAAGUAACCAAGGUAAACCAGAGGAAUUUCUUCAUAUACAUUAACAACCAGACAGCAGUGCAGAUGGAUGUCAUUCUCUCGAGCGGAGGAACUGGUAUACCAGUUUACACCAACUACAUCAUUAUCACAGUUGGUCAUGGUCAGACAGAUCUGUGGGUAGCACUCCACCCUGAUCUCAGUACCCGUCCAGAAUAUUAUGAUGCAAUUCUGAAUGGACUGGAGGUCUUCAAGCUGCAGGAUAACAGCAACAACAAUCUUGCUGGCGUCAACCUUACGCUCAAGAAAAAUCAUGAUGGGACAGAAUCUCAUGGUCAAAAUAAAACAUAUAAAUCCUCCAAAUGGACACAGAGAAUCCCAGCAAUCGCUGGAGGUGGAGCUGCUGUUGGUUUCUUGGCCCUGUUGUUUGCAUGUUUCUGUGUUAUGCACAGACGAAAGAGAACUAACUGCAAUCCUCGAAAUGGACACAGAGAAUUGCCAUUAACCACCUCACACACAACGGAUUUGAAGCUUUGCCACCACUUCUCGUUUAUACAAAUCCAGGAAGCCACCAACAACUUCGAUGAGGCCUUUCUCCUAGGCAAAGGUGGGUUUGGGAAUGUAUACCAGGGUCAGAUAGCUGGUGGGAAGAAGGUGGCAAUCAAGCGUGGUAACCCGCUGUCCAGGCAGGGCAUCCAAGAAUUUUGGAAUGAAAUCAAUAUGUUAACCGAUCUCCGGCAUCGCCACCUUGUGUCACUAAUUGGCUAUUGCGAUGAGGAGUCCGAGAUGAUUUUGUUGUACGAUUACAUGGCCAAUGGGACACUUCAGGAGCACCUGUACAACACCAACAAACCACCAUUGCCAUGGGAGCACCGCCUUGUCAUAUGCAUUGGAGCCGGACUGGGGCUGCACUACCUGCACAUGGGUGCCAAACAGGCCAUCAUCCACCGUGAUGUGAAGAGUACUAACAUUUUGUUGGAUGACAAGUGGGUGGCAAAGGUUUCGGACUUUGGGUUGUCUAAGGCUAGUAAAGACGUGGACAAUACCCAUGUGAGCACUGCUGUGAAAGGCACCUUUGGAUAUCUAGAUCCUGAGUACUUCCGCAGGCGGCGACUCACCAACAAAUCAGAUGUAUACUCCUAUGGGGUUGUUUUGUUUGAGGUUCUGUGCGCACGUCCAGCAAUUGAUCCUAAGCUUCCCGAGGAGCAAGUGGGCUUGCGUGACUGGGCGCUGUCUUGCCAGAGGAAAGGUGUGCUCGGUGAGAUCAUCGACCCCUAUCUGAAGGGCAAAAUCACCCCCCAGUGCUUCAGAAAAUUUGCAGAGACUGCGGAGAAAUGUGUUGCUGAACGUAGCAUAGAUCGGCCAUCUAUGAGUGAUGUUCUGUGGAGCCUCCAGAUCGCACUGCUGCUGCAGGAGGAUGACUGCAAUCUCUCCAAGGGGACACCAUUGUUGAACAUGUCAUCACUCAUGGCCACCAGGGUGCGACCAUCUUCAGGUUCAACAAUGAGCAUCUCAGGACAGAAAGUUGUAUUCUCAGAGAUCAUGCAUCCAGAUGGCCGAUAAGACGAAACUCCUGUACGUUCGGGACUUCUUGUUAUGAUCUUCUGAUUUUGUGAAGCUGGUAGAUUAAGAUUUACAGGUGCAUUUGCCCCUUAUGUACUAGCAGGUGUGCUGUUUAACAGUUCCAUAAAUCUCUCUGCACACUGUACAAUCUGAUUAUGUUCCUAAUUCAUAGUACUGUAAGUUAUUGAAUUGAUAUAUGUACUACCGAUAUGUACUAUGAUGCAGCCCGAUCUUCCCAUAUUUUGUGCCAAGACAUACAUCAAAGUAUCAGGCCAUAUCAAAGAUUUCCCUUUCUUCUUAAUAGGUAAAUACAGAAAAUUAUCUCCGGAAGAGCUCAACGCAAAAGAAAGUUCAGUGAACAUGUUCUUAAAAUUAGAAGCUGGGACAUUAGGGAACUCAUUUAAAGGAGCUGAUGCCUUUUUGUAUCCAAGGACGAAGUCUGAUACCCUAGGAGCAGCACACGGGAAUUUUUUUCUCGGCAGCUAAUUAUUCAAGAUCACUCAUGCGUCAUCCAUCUUUAAUCAAACCGUAAAAAGACAACUGCAUUGCACAAGUCUGAUACCCUAGGAGCAGCACACGGGAAUUUUUUUUGAAAUUACUACGUUCCCCAACAUGUAUAUGGCACAGAUUUAUAUUGUCGGAUACAUAUUUUUGUUUGGCUCGCUAUUCAAAACAUGCUGAUAUAAAAUAAUGUUUCCGAGUACCAAUAAUUAAUCAAUAAUACGUGCAUCAUUAUCACUGUAGAGGAUUUUAUGGUAUACAAUCAAAGUGUCAUACGUAGGUUCCUUUUGAAUUAUAUAUGGUGAUUCUAGAGACAACUCCUUAGAGAUGGAUUUGCAAAUCAGUACAAGGUUAUUUACGUAUUGUUUACAAGUUAUCAAUAGUAUGAGGUCUACAAACUUAAGAAAUUUUAUUAUCUACCCCUCAAAAAAAGUUUAUUAUCUCUCCCCUGCGGGAGAUUCAAGUCAAGAAGCAGAACUCCGUGAGGUCCUAUUUUGCCACAAGUCAAACGGAGAUGCACACAAUUUAGCUAAGGUGUAAUGUUUUCUUCCUGUUUGUAGUCAUAAUUAUCUUCUGAAUUCUCCACAGUCUAUUAUCUUGGUUCUUAUGUUUUAUCUUAUUUUCAGAAUUGUGUUUUUUUAGUUAAAAUAAAGGCAAUUUUUUCCUAUAGAAAAAGAGUGGCCUAUGUGGGAAUAUCCUAUUUGAUACAUUAUGCGUCAAACUGUCGAUCUUUGGCACACGACCUGGUGAUCGAGCGGUGACAUGGGCGGGCCUGUUAACGUGUUGCAGCUGUUUUCGGUUUUGCUAAUCUACUAGAGUCUUCUUGCCGGUUUUUUCUGGUUUUGAGAACCUUCUAGAAGGUUCAUGAAUCGGUUUUACUUUUCCUUUUUUCUUUUUCAGUUACUUUUUUCCUUUUAGUUUCUUUCAUUUUUCUGUUUUUAUUUUUUGCUUCAUUUUCUUUUUUGCUUUCAUUAAAAAAUUAUUAUUCAAGUUUGUUUGGAAGUUCAGAAAAUUAUAAAACGUUUCCCAUUUUUCAAAAUUUAUUAGGAUGAUCUAUUUUUUUGUGCAAAUUCCUGUUUGUGUUUUCAAAAAAAAUUCGGUUUCCAAAAAAUAUCCACGUUCGAAAAAUGACCGUUUUUUCAUUUUUUUUGGAAUUUCAGAAAACGUUCCCGUUUCAAAAAGAAUGUUCGUGUUCUCAAUUUUUUUCAUAUUUCAAAAUAUUUCCGCUUUUCCAAAAAUUGUUCAUUUUUGAAAAACAUUUUGUGUUUUCAAGUUUUGCUCAGUAGUUCCGUAAAUUGAUUGCAUUUUUUGUUUGUGUUUCCAAAUUUUGCUCUGACUGUCAAAAAAUAUCAGGGUUCCAUAAAUUGUUUUUUCUAAUUUUUUUUAGGAAUUUCAGAAAAUUUCCCUGUUUUGAAACGAAUGUUUGCACUCUGAAUUGUUUUUUCUGGAUUAUAAAAAAGUUCACAUCUUGAGAAAAAAUCGUGAUUGUGAAAAAAAGGUUCAUAUCCACAAAAAAUGUUCAAUUUUAGAAAAACGUUCGCAUUGUAAAAAAUGUUUUGAUAUUUAUAAUUUUUGUUCAUGAAUAUGAAUAGUGUUCGUGGUUCAUGUAGCUUUCACAUUUUUGUUAAAAAAAUGUUGGUCCUUCAAAAUUUCAAAAACAAUUGGAUCUGCGUUGUAGUUGGCCAUUAAGGCUCUCCACUGCUGUAUGGUCAACAGCGGGAGCUAGUUCAACUGGCCAGCGGGUCAUCGUCUUUUGCGAGACGUCUUAGAUUCGAUCCGUCGUGGAAGCAAUAUAUAUUUUUGCAUUGCUAACGUACUAGCCUUGUUCGCUCUAUCAUGUAUCGCUAAAGUUGUAAGUAGCAUGUGCGUUCAGCCGACAUACAAUCUGCCGCAAAGAGCGGGAGAUAGGAGCUCCCGCCUAUGUGGGCAAAAUCCAGACAAACUUGGAGAAAGAAACAUGCUCAAUGGGCCGGAAAAUCUAAUGCACCUCGUAACGGUCCAGCCCACACGCUCACCUCACCAUCAGAGUCCAUUACCGAGUCUCGCGGAAGAAAAAGAAUCUCUCGCCGGGGAGGGGGCAAGCACAGCCGCGCCCCUCCCCGCCGUCGACGCGUCUCGAAGACCCUUGCGACGGCGAGGAUUUCUGGGCAAGGCACGGCGACCCCUGGCCUUGGUACCGGAUCGGAUCUCGCGAGAUGUGGCGGAACAGAGCGGGCACUUCUCCUCUUCUUCAGAUGUGGAGCUCAACCAAAAUUUGUGUCAGAUGUUUGGUGAUACCACCAGUAAGUCCUUGGACAUCAGAAAUGUUAUGCGUCAGUGGCGCCUUGAUUUGUGAGAUCAUGUCUGUGAGAAGCCUCCACAUAUCUGGAUCUCGG